UUUUGAUUUGGCAUAGGGGACAUUUCACUCAAAUCAUCACUCCUGUUCGUGAUCCUUCUUUACUCUGCAAAACCCAAAUUCUGCAGAGCAUAGAAAGAAGAUUGCAUUAAUGUGGAUAUAUAUGCCCUUAAGGGAUCUCCAGUUUCGAUUCAAUUUCAUGAUUGCUAAAUUCUGUUUUGACAGCCGUAUAUUUUGAAUUCACUUAUCGAAUCCGCAUUUCGCAAGAUUUUGGGUAGUCUUGAAGACAGCAAAAGAGUUGAACAUCUGUUGAUUUUUGCGGAAUUACAUUGAAUUAGAUUGGUUUUUAUUAUUUGGUCGGACAUUUAUUUUAAUACUAAGUGUGAGGGGGAAGAUUUUCCAAAGAAAAUAAGAAAUAUACAUAAUGGCCGAUGUGGCAGCUCUAGUAGAGAUCUCCGGAUCCAGAUUUAGUGAUUUGGAGCUCAUCGGAAGAGGGUCCUUUGGCGAUGUUUAUAAGGGGUUUGACAAGGAGUUAAACAAGGAAGUUGCCAUAAAAGUCAUCGAUUUAGAAGAAUCAGAGGAUGAAAUUGAGGACAUUCAGAAGGAAAUCGCUGUUCUUUCUCAAUGUCGAUCUCCAUAUAUUACGGAGUAUUAUGCUUCUAUUCUGCACCAGACUAAGCUAUGGAUAAUAAUGGAAUACAUGGCUGGGGGUUCCGUUGCUGAUCUGAUUCAACCAAACCAGCCGCUGGAUGAAGUCUCUAUAUCUUGCAUCUUACGGGAUUUGCUUCAUGCAAUCGAAUAUCUUCACAGUGAAGGGAAAAUUCAUCGAGAUAUCAAAGCUGCAAACAUUUUGUUGACCGAGACUGGUGAUGUUAAGGUUGCAGAUUUUGGUGUUUCUGCUCAAUUAACAAGGACAAUUUCAAGAAGAAAGACAUUUGUAGGAACACCAUUCUGGAUGGCUCCAGAAGUAAUUCAGAACUCUGAAGGAUACAAUGAGAAGGCUGAUAUAUGGUCUCUAGGAAUAACUGCAAUUGAGAUGGCAAAAGGGGAACCUCCACUUGCGGACCUCCAUCCCAUGAGAGUUCUAUUUAUUAUACCUCGAGAGAAUCCACCACAGCUAGAUGAGCACUUUUCUCGUCCUCUGAAGGAAUUCGUAUCAUUGUGUUUGAAGAAGAAUCCCACAGAGAGGCCAAGUGCAAAGGAACUUCUAAGGCAUCGUUUUAUCAGAAAUGCAAGGAAGAGUCCGAGGCUUUUGGAGAGAAUCAGAGAGCGCCCAAAGUUCAAAAUUGAUGAAGAGAGUCCUAAAAAUGGUCCAACACCUUUGGGGGAGGCUUCUGGAACUGUGAAGGUGACAAGAGAUUCUGGAGUUGAAGAUACCAUUCAAAACAGUGGUCAGGCAACGGGUCUGAGAAAUGCUGGAUGGGAUUUCAGCAUUGGCGGAUCAACUGGCACGCAAACCUCACGAAAUGUAGUAAGACCACCUCAGGUUAGAGAUAGGAAGUUAGAGGUUCCGUCAAAUCAACCAACCUCUAGAAAAAAUUUAGAGAGUUAUAAUAAAGGGUCUUCUGCUUCUGGAACUAUGCUUUAUACUUCAUCAGAGGUCUCCACGAGAAAAGAGGCUAACCAUGAAAUGAAGCAAGAAAGCUAUCUUGAAGAUGAAGAAGCAAGCGGGACAGGAACUAUUGUCGUACGAUCUCCAAGAGUUCAGAUGUCCCUAAGUAACAAUAGUUUCAAGUCUAGCAGCGUGUUUACCUCUGUUGAAGAUGCUUCCAUCGGUGGCACUGUUGUUUACCGUGGGCAGCAUGAUGAUUCAGAUUCUCCCCGAACUCCGAAGUCUAGAUUGGGAAUUCAAGAAAGGACUUCUAAUGCAUCUGUUGAAGACAGUUCUAUAAACCUUGCAGAGGCAAAGGCUGCAAUUCAAGCAGGAGCAAGGAAAGGAAAUGUUAAGGAAAGGUCUAUGUUGGGCAAAGUCAAUAAAGACCUGCAGGAAAGCAGAAGUAUGGAACAAUCAUCAACAAGCUCUGAAUCGUCAAGACACUCUCGGGAUUAUUUUGAUGCACAAAAAGCAUUUUCUGGAUCACACCAAGCGAGUGAUGAUGAAGAUAAUGCAAGAACUGCUGCAGCAUCUUCAUCAGCUCCAUUAUCCCUGCUUCUUAUCCCAUCACUUAAAGAGGCGAUUGCUGAUGAUUCAGGAGGGUCAGUUUUCCAGACAGUGGCAAACUCUGUAAUGGAUAUGGAACAUUCCAAGCCCGGUUCGUCUGAACUACUCGUCACUGGGUUGCUUCAGCGACUGUCAAGUUCAAACGAAAAGUCACUGAAGGACCUUCAGGAGCUUGCAUCCCGCAUCUUUGCAAAGGGCAAGACUGAAAUACCAGCUACAAAUGCGGAAACCGAUAGCAAGAAAAAGCAGCAAAAUAAGGAGCUUCAUUCAAAUGCCAAUAUGAGCCCACUUGCUAGGUUCUUGCUCUCAAGAUGGCAAGGCCAUGUUUCUCGAGAUCUAAAUACUUGAAACAUGAGGUUAGAUAAUUAUUUUUUUGAGUUAUAAUUUGUGUUCUUAUUUUCAGAAUUUAAAUUGAAUAAAUGUAAAUAUCAUUUAAAGAAACUGUUAACUUAUAUUUCCAAUCAUUUUUGUUCUUUUCUUGGUCAUAUAGUUGGUGUACAUUUAGCUUUUGCUAAUUUGAUUUAUCUAUGUGAGAAUAUAAAAGAAAAUUGCGGUUC